AUGGUUGGACGGGAGGCGACGAGCGUGAACGAGCGGGAGGAUUCGGAACCCGGCGGCGCGGAUUCAAGGCGCCGUGCGGAUUGUGAUCUUCCAGAGGGGCGUGCGGAAGGCGUCGAUUUCAUUUCGUUGUCCCAGCGCUCGACGAGUGCGACGAGUGCGACGGGUGUACCAGCGGGCGUAGAACGGCCUUGUUCGGUGAAUGAACACUCAGCAUCGCCGCCCGAAAUAAACAUCCCCCACGGCACAGUCGCGUCCGCGCUGCCCCGGCCUGCGCGCCCGCAGACAGCCCCCAGCAAGAGCGCCGCUUCCCCCCGUCACUUCGACGCGCGUGAUCCCAUUUUUUCCCGACGCAAGACCGCGCCAGUAGCUCCUGCCGUGCUGCGCGAGUCGGGUGCUGCCUCGGGCGACGUCGAGCCGCAGCUCGCCGACGAGCCGUUUCUCGCCUCUGACUUGGAUUGGUCAAGCGCCGCGCUCGCCCUUGUCAAUGGCAUUGACGCGGCCCCUGCGCCGCUACCAUCCCCUGUCGUUCCCCGCCCCCCCAGCAGCGACGGAGUGGGGAACAGAAGUGGCAGAGUGAGGGCGGGAAGGGGGACGCGCGCGGGCGGAAGGGCGGGGGAAGGGCUUCGAGUGGAUGUGGCAGGCAGGCGCCAUCGGUCGCGGCACAGUGACGAGCUGGCGUGGGCGGAGGCGCUAGGGGGGCAUGUGCUGUCGCGGAGCAAGACAGCGGAGAGAGAGGCGGGCGCAAGGGGGCGUGAAGGCAGGGAAGGGGCUCGUGUGGGGAGGCAUCACCACCUGUCAGCGUCUUGGGACUGUGAGGGGGGGUCUCGCAUGGCGUUGGAGAGGGGAGAGAAGGGGGUGAUCUAG